GGAAUUUGUUGGGAGAGUUGCUGCUGCUGCUGCUGCUGCUGCUGCUGCUGCGCUGCGAUGGAAGUGAAGAGAGAGGACGCGGCUUCCUCUUCUCCUUCUCCUCCUCCUCCUCCUCCUCCUCAUCUUCCUCUUCCUCCUCCUUCAACUGCUGAUGAAAUCUUUGGCUUAUUAAAGGAGGAGGAGGAGGAGGAGGUGGUGGUGGUGGGUUUCUCGGUCAUCGAAAAGGUUUCUCCCACCUCUGAUGGUCAAACUGGGAAGGCUCAAAAUGCUAUUCUAGAUGGAAAACAUCAAGAAUCUUCGAGCAAGCGUCCGGCCACACAAAUGAAAGAUGAGAAAUCAACUUUCCUCUCUGAUCCAACAGAAUUGGGCUAUUUCGGGUCAUCGGUGCAUUAUGGUGGGCGGGAUUUUUACGACUGCUCACAAUCGACGGCAACCUCUAAAGUUACCGGCGCUUAUACGAGCUAUGAGGAGGAUGAUUUAGAUAACUCACGCUUUGCUACAAGAGGUAAUUGGUGGCAAGGUUCACUUUACUACUGAAGGAACUCUUACUGCUUGCUCUCUGUGGAAUAGUAGGAAGGUACAUAGAGCAGUUGCUGUAGAUUGAUUGCUGUUUACUUAUGCAGGCAGUAGUUAAGAGGUGCAUGCUGUUUGUUGGACUAAACUAGCUUUGGAUUACUUUUUCAGCUGUGUUAGGCCUUACUAUCCAACUAUUUUUGUUUUGUGGAUGUAAGGUCAAUGGUGCAUCAAUGCAUGCUUGGUGUAUAUAUGUAAGAAAACAAAUCUGCAUUUAUCAAUACUGAUUUUACCAUUUAAUUGUG